AUGGAUGAGGAAGUCGUCGCCGUUGGUCAUGACGUGCAAGUCGUCGAUCCAGACGUGCGCAACUAUGUCUAUGGCCUGGUCACCGCUCUCGGAGGCUUCAACGGCGAGAAUGCGGACCGAUAUGUGCUUGGAGACGAUGCACUCGCCUGCUUACGCGAUAUCAAGCGCUGGCUGAAACUCUACGAUGAAAAGAACAAUCGGAUGGACGUUGCGCGGUGCCUGGGAGAGGCCAAUGUGAUCAGUGGUGAUCUACUUCCAAUCCUCACCCUGUGGUGGGAAACUGGACAGAAGAGCAAGCAUAUGACCAGAAUUGCAUUGGCUUGUCUAGAGCUGCUCGUCCCUCUGACAUGGCCACUCGAAAUCCAUAGCCAGAUGACAGUCAAUCACCACCGCCACACUCCCUACCUUCUUCAAGCACAAGUACAAUACAAGCGAGGGAUUCUCAAGGCCGGUGGAGCAAAUCUGUUGCGUUCGGCCGUCCGAAUUGCCCUUCCGAGUAUGGCGAUCCCGCGAUCCGAACGAGAAUCACGAGAUGAAGGAAUCCUUAAGUUGAUGCUAUACUUCCUGCGAAAUGUUGCUAUCAUAUCGCCGAACGUCCGACUCGCAGGCGAAGGUGACGAGGAGGAGACAUCGCGAUCAGCCACGAUCAAUGCUUUCCAGCAGCAGGAUGCCUUCGCACUGAUCCUGACCAUGUGCUCUAACGUCGGUGAUGAUUUCAAUCUUCAAGACAUUGUUCUGCUGGAAAUUCUUUUCCAUCUCGUCAAAGGUGUUGAUGUCAAGAAAAUAUUCAAAGACGACGAGCCAGAAGGCACCAGUUAUGCCAACGAUCUAGCCGCCAUUCUGAACAAGGAGAAGUUGGAACGAAGAGAGCACCAAAAAUAUGCGCCAACACGCCACAGCAGAUUCGGCACGAUGAUAUGGGUAAAGCGAGAUGAUGGGAAAAUGUCUACUGUCUCCGGUCAGCGUUCACUGCGUGAUGAUCAGCAAACAUAUGAGAAGAUGGAUCAGAGCAAGAAAUGGAACAAACCUAAGCCCCGCCGCAAGCAAGAAGACACGACGCAGAACAGCAACUUCAAUGUUCCCGUGCAUUUGAACCGGGAAGCAACCGACAACCUGAGAACCUUUGUCGAAGAGUUCCUGGAUUCUGGCUUCAAUCCGCUCUUCACUCACGUUCGAAAAGCAAUUGAGCGAGAGGCUGAGCGAGUGCUGGAUAUCAACACCCGGCAGUUCUUUUACACCGUCGGCUGGUUCCUCGAAGCAGAGCGAGUUCGUCGGGAACGCCAGACCCGUCAGCGCACGGCUCGAAAUGGCGGAAAGUCUAAGAAGAUUGAGCCUGACAGCUAUGGUCUUGUUGCAGGUGUGCUUAACCAAGAGACAUUCAUUUCCCUCAACAGGUCCAUGCAAAGCAGUUUGGAUAACAAGGAUUGGGAAGACCUCAAUGCUCAGAUGCGUUGCUUUACGCAGAUUCUGUUGACGGUCCAAGAAAUGGCAGCAUCGCCGCUCGAGGAUGACCAAGAAAUCGCUGAGAACAUUCAAAAUCGUAUCUUCUACGAAGAAACGACCCACGACCGAAUCUUGGCCAUAGUGCGUGGAUACAAAGAUCAGAGCUUCGGUUACCUCGAUGCCUCUACAGAGCUAGCGCAUGUCUUUUUGCGGAUGCUCGAAAGAUACUCCAAGGAUAACGCCGAUAUGCAAAUUCGCUCAAGACGCAAGGCGAAGCGAAAGCAGAAGAAGGCCGCGAACCCCGAACAACAGGAGGGCGCAGACGGCGGCGAGGAACCUGACUCCGAAGAAGAAGACGAGAUGGAAGACGCCGCGCAGGUCAGCAAAGAGCGUAAUUUCGACUUCAAACGAUUCGCAGCGAAGUUCUGCAACCAGGCUUGCGUUGAUACGUUCGUUGCUUUUACCGGGUAUUACAAGGAAUUAAGCUCCGAGCAACUUAAGCGUGCCCAUCGUUACUUCUACCGCAUUGCGUUCAAGCAGGAAAUGACUGUCUUGCUCUUCCGCAUGGACAUAGUUGCUCUGUUCCAUCGAAUGAUCAAGGGUCCCGAGCCCAUGGACUCCAGCAAACCAGUGUUCAAGGAAUGGGAGGAACUUGUGAGGCAAAUCAUUCGACGACUGAUCAAAAAGAUUGAUCAGCGCCCCGCCUUGAUUACCGAGCUGUUGUUUAGCAAGAUCAACUCCACGGUGUACUACCUUGAAUACGGACACGAGAAGCAAACGAUCUCGGCCUCGAAGCGACCAGCAGCGGAGAUCGUGAUUACAUCAACCGAAGCGACAACAAAGGAAGCACAGCUACAGAUCGUCGUCGGAGCACUCGUCCUAGAUGGAAGGGCGGACUUGGUCAAGUGGGUUAAAGAUGUCCUAAGCUCUGCAGCCGUUGAAAGAGAGAUAUGGGAAAUUCAAGAAGAGAGUAACCGCGUUGAGGACCCCGAAAUGACCAGCGUUCCCAAUCCAAUGAUCACCGUUAAAAGCAAGGACGAGUUUGUUCAAAAUGCAAUGUUCUCAAAUGCGAGAUUGCGUCUACUCAUGAAGAUUGUCGGAUUCGAGCGACUAGGUGUUGAAGACGUGCUCGGUGCCGCUUGGAUUGUUCCGUCACCCUUGAAGUCCGAGGACUUGCGUGAGACCCUGUCUGAGAUCGGGAAAGCCCUUCAAACCCCAUUCUCAAGCGAGGGCGAUGACGAUCCCCGCAAACAGCUACAAAAGAAGGAUAGAGGGUCCGGCCGUGGUGACACACUCCAAGGCACACUUGAUGUGAACUUCGGAUCAGAAUCCGAGGGCGAGGAUAUUCCAGACGGCCCUCUUUUCCCAGCGAACCCGCGAUCCAAGGCAAGUGCCCUGGACGACUUGAAAAAGAAGCGCAAGAAGAAGUCAAAGUCCAACGCCGAAAGAGAGCUGCUGGAUGACGAAACCCUGGAGGCACGACGCGAUGCCCGUUUGACCAAUUCCCUCUCCCGCCAGGCCAAGAUCAAGAGUGAUCUUUUCAUUCACGCAAGUGACGAAGAGAGCGACGCCGAAGCCGACAAGGAAUUCUUCCGCCUUGAGGAGGAACGCCGCAAGAAACAAGCUGCCGAAGUCAAGAAAGCCUUGCUCACUGGCCCUGGACACUCGGAGAAGUCAGGGAAAGGAAAAGGCAAGAAAGCAGCGGCGCGGAAGCGAGACAGCGACACUGGUGCAGCCAUCAAAUCGAAGCGCCAGCGCCGUGAUUCGGCCUCCGCUAGUGGUGCCGGUAGCGAUGCCGACGGUGACAUUCUCAUGGCGGAGCCCAAUGAUCAGCCAUCUGAUUCCGCGCCCGUCGCCAAUGAUGAUAAUAAUUCUGUUCCACCGGACGACGACGAUCUUGUGUUUGACGAUGAUCUUGCCUUUAGUCGCGACCGUCCUAGUAAGCCUGAAGCACCGGAGCCCGAUGACGACGAGGAUGAGCCUGUGGCAUCGACGCGGAGACGCAUGCGUGGUGAAUUUGUGAUUGAGAGUGACUCGGACUCAGAAUAA